AUGUCGCAGCCCGACACCGACGUGACGAACCAGGCGCUGGCCGCCGCCAAGGAGCGCCAGGACGCCGAGGCCGCCAAGGCCAAGCUGCCUCUCGCGACCGCCGUCGAUGGAUCCGGGACGAGCGCGGGGUCUUUCUCCUUGACCUCGCUGCACGCCCAGGCCGUCGGCCUCCACUCCAUCAAAGGCCACGUUCCCGUCGAGCUCGCGCUCGACACCGGCGUUCACCGGCAGUGGCGCACCUUCUUCCGCGCCGCCUGUCGCAAGUACGCCCUCCUGGAUCACCUCGACUUCGAUGCUCCCGAUGCGCCGAACCCUGAGUGGUCUCUCCUCGACGCCACCGUCGUCUCUUGGCUCUAUGGGUCUGUCUCGCUCAGUAUCCUCGACGCCGUCAUGACGCCCGGCGACGAUCCCUUCGCUGUCGAUCUCUGGAACAGCAUCAACGGUCUCUUCAACGACCACAAGAUCAAUCGUCAACUCCACCUCACGGCCGAGCUCGGCGAUGUCAAGAUGGGAGAGAUGAGUAUGGCUGACUAUCUUCAGAAGGACAAGUCCCUCUCCGAUGGGCUUGCGGAUCUUGGUGCCCCCGUUGAUGAUGCCGAGAUGGUGGUCCACUGCCUCAACGGCCUCUCCGAGCAAUACGAGUCCGCCGCCGAUCUGAUCUCCCUCAUGCCCGGUAUGACCUUCGCGCAGUGCCGCUCGUUGCUUGCGCUCCAAGACAUGAAACGCAAAAACCGCCGCGCCCGCAACUCGGACACGGCCCUCUUCACCAACACCGGCAACCCUGGCAAGGCUCCUGGAAAAGGAAAGAAGAAGAAGAAGGCCGCCGCGCAAGGAGAUCAUCCCGGCGCCCGCGACCCCGCAGGCUGCCACUCCUUCCUGGCCCUCACCGCAGCAUCCCUGGAACGGCGCCAUCCAGAUGUGGCCCUAUGCUACGCGCCCCGGCACACCCCGUCGCCGCAUGCGUUCUACGCCCAGAACCCCUACGGCCUUGCUCCCUACGGCUACGGCUACGCCUCUGGACAGCCCUCCUACGGUCUCACCGGCACGGCUCCAUCAUCACCGGCAUCAACUUCGGCUUCAUGGGACCAGGCCGCGCUCAUGCAUCAAUUCCAAACCAUGGGGCUGCAAGCACCCUCCAGGGAGUGGGUGAUGGACACCGGCGCCUCCUCCCACUUCACGUCCGAUCCCGCCGGUCUCGUUGAUGCCGUUCACCGUGCCACGCACGGUGACCCCGGACGCGGCCCCACGGUCGCCUCCACGGUCGCCGUCGCCGCCGCCACGGUCCCCUCCUCGGUCGCCGCCACCGACCUCGCCCCGGUCGCCUGGGGCACGGGCUUCUGUCGAGCGCCCUGCCAGGAGCCUCGAUGGCGGUCCUGCUGGGAGUCCUUCUCCUACUACAGCAGUGUCACCGCCGGCAACACCGUCGCCGGCUCCUGCUGCUGUGGAUCCACCCCGGACCCGCCGGCCGCGGGCCCCUCCACCGCCACCAUCCCACGCCAUGGCCACUCGUGCUAA